CCUUUAAGUCUUCUUCUUCUCCGACGAUCUCCUUCCGACGAUGGACUCCACCGGACCGGCGCCGAUCUACCAAAACGUCGUCGUAAUGAGGCACGGCGAUCGUAUAGACAACUUCGAACCUCUAUGGACGACCACAGCAAGCAGACCAUGGGAUCCUCCAUUGAUCGACGACGGUAAACUCCGCGCCUUUUGCACCGGCAGAAAACUCCGAUCUCAACUCGGAUUUCCGAUCCACCGCGUCUUCGUUUCUCCUUUCCUCCGUUGCAUUCAAACAGCUUCAGAAGUUGUCUCUUCUCUUUGCGCAGUCAAUGAUGAUCCGAUCAAAACUUCUUCCGCUGAAAUUGAAAUCGAUCCUUCUAAACUUAAGGUAUCAAUUGAAUAUGGAUUAUGUGAGAUGUUUAAUAGUUCUGCAAUAAGACCUACAGUUGUUCCUAAAGAUGCAAAGUUUGAUUUUAAUAUCUCGGAUCUUGAAGCUUUGUUACCUUCUGGAACAGUUGAUCACUCUGUUACAGGAGUUUAUGAUAAGUUACCAAAAUGGGAAGAGACUGAUGCAGAAACAAGAUCAAGAUAUGUGAAUAUCAUUAAGGAUUUGGCUGAUAAAUAUCCAUCAGAAAACCUAUUGCUAGUCACACACGGGGAAGGAGUGGGAUCUGCUGUGACUGUUUGCAUGAAGGAUGUAAGUGUUUUUGAUGUGGAGUAUUGUGCUUAUGUAGAAUUAAGAAGAAGUAUUUCUUUGAGAGAAGAUGAUAAGUCAUUUGUUGAUGCUGGAGAAUUUGAAGUUAUGAACAAAUUAGGUCAAACUGGAAUUGUUUGUUAUCCAUUGAACAACAACUCCAUUGAUGCAAUUCCUAAUGCUUGACAAAUCAGGUAUGUUUUCCUUUCUUUAAUGUUAUUGUUUUGUUUGGGGGAUUGUUAUAUUUUGGUGGAUCAAUAAAGGGUUUCUAUCAAAAUCUUGAUUCGGAUGAGAAAUUGUUGAUGAAUAACUAGGGUUGUGUUCUGUUGUUUAACGGUGGUUUGGUAAAUGUUUUCGUCGUUGGGUUUAAACGAUGAAACUAUGUUUUUUAAAAUAAGUAUUGUAAGAUGAAUAUUUAGAUAAUGAUCUAAAUUCAUUUGGAAUACAAUGUCUGGUUAGAACCU